ACAAAUAAAGCAUUGCUACAUGUAUUUUACCAUUUCCCAACAGCAAAAGUAGAGAAACCCUAGCCUGGGGUUUAAGCAGCAGCCAGGAACUCCCUCCUCAUUUUGCCUAUGUAUAUGGUGUUUUCAAAUUUCAACUAUGAUUUUGCACUUCUCACUUUCCAGUUUCGCGCACCCAAAAUCCAAUUCUUGUUUUCCAAACCAGCCUUUCUUUGUUCCACGAUCGUUCGGUUUAAUCCCGCCAUCAAAGACACAGUGAAGCACCCAAGCUCGCACAACCAGUGGAAUAUCUCGACCCUUUAAUCCACUUUAGGGUUGAUUUUUUGCUGUUUGAUAUUGGGCUUUCUGCGGUGCAUAUUAAAGUGAAAAUCGAAGAAAGCCACGAAGAAACUGGCCUAGGGAAUCAAGUGGUGGACAGAGAUGGGACGGGAAUGCCUGAAAGAGUUCUUUCCGAGGAGGUAGGAAAUUUGGGUUGUUUAAUUGAGGAGGGAAUGGAGAUGGUUAGUUUGGUUGGAGCUCUGGACGGUGCCGUUCUUGGUGAUCUUGAUCAAAUUUCAGUAAAUACGUGAGGCAUCGGAAGCGUUGGAUGCUUUGAAUGAGAAGAAAUUAAGUGACCCAGCGAAAGUUCUGAAGAGUGUUAAAGAGGAGGAGAUGUCAAAUCUCAAAGGAGUCGAGGCCUGCGUAGGUACUUUGAUGGCUGAUUUGGCAAAUACAGAACAUGUUACUAGUAAGAGCGACAAGGAGUGUUCUGAGAAAAUCAGUGAUGAGGAAGACGAUGAUUGUUCCGAGUCUGUUGGCGACACUUCUUCAUCAUCACUUUCCUCUAGUUCUUCGAGAAGUGAGGAGGAAGAGACAAACUGUUGACGAUGAAGAAGUUGAGAUAAAGGAUGCAGAUGGAGAAGAGAUGGUUGGUUGGAGCGAUGAUGAUGGUGAGGGUGUUAUAACUCCACCUAUAAAGUCUAAGAACGAGGUUGAGAAACUCCCUGAAGUUCCUCCAGUGGAUGUUGCCUUGGAACCACAUAAUCAGAUCCUGCCUGUUGGAGUUAUUUUAUCAAUUAUUGGUGCCAAAGUCGUUGAAGGAACUGAAAAGAACAACCCUCUUAAUGAAGGCUCCAUUCUCUGGAUUACUGAAACUCGAUUGCCAUUAGGACUGGCAGAUGAAAUAUUUGGACCUGUCAAGAACCCUUACUAUGUUGUACGAUACAAUUUAGACAAGGAGGUCCCAGAUGGAAUUAGUCAAGGCACCCCUGUAUCAUUUGUUGAGGAGUUUGCCAACCAUGUUCUCAAUGAAAAAAAUCUGUACAAGAAAGGUUAUGAUACAUCUGGUGAGAAUAAUGAAGUCUUUGAUGAAGCCGAGUUCUCUGAUGAUCAAAGGAGGCUGAGUGCAAGAGAAUGCAAAGGAUGGCAAAGUGGAGUGCAGAUGAUCAGAAAUGCAGAAACUUUGAUUUUGCUGAUAAGAAGAAAUCUCAACACAAGGACAGGGCCUGGAAGAGCAACAAGCUUCCAGUUUCUCCAGCACUAUCUGUAGGUCAGCCAUCACAAAUUCCAAAUCAGUUCCGUACACCACCUCUUGCAGCACCAUUUGGUUGUGAUAGUUGUGCUUGCUUGCCUGGUACAGCACAAGACAAUGCUAGUUUGCCUGUUAUUGUUCAUCCUGUGCCACAGUUGUUGCAGGCAGAUUGUACACCUCAGCAGUUGUUGGAACCUUCCAAUGGGCUUUGGCCAAAUGGGAUGCCAUGUCAGUAGCAUCUUAAUGGAUUUCCAAUUAAUGGGAUGCCAUGCCAUCAUCAACAACAGAUGCUUACGAGUUUCCCAAAUGGAAUACCAGUUCAGCGGCAGUUUGAUCUUAAUCAGAUGCUAUUGCCUAAUGUAUCCAUGCCCUCUGGUCCUUCAAAUUCCUUUGCAGGUCCCACAUCAGCACCUUGGCCAGGGGUCAUAUGCCAGAAUGGAUUUAGCCAGGCACCAUUUGGAAUAGUAUUACAGAACCAGCAUUUACAACCAUAUAUAAAUAUGAGCGAACAAGGAGGCUUGUCCAAUAACUCAUGUACUGGACGAGGUUAUGGACCUGCUGUUAUUCAGGGCAACUUUACAGCUCCAGUGCAAUUUAAUCACAUAUCAACUUCCAAUUGUAGGAGAAAAUCAUACCGUGCGGCGGAGAUUGUUUUGAAGGUGGGAGGGGUCGGAGACAAUCUGGGUGAGGACUGACUUAUUUUUAUGCUUUAUGCUUCCGUGCAUUUUCAAACUGUAAAAUACUUACCUCCCCCCCCCUCUUAGUGUUUCCCCCAAACAAGAGAUCUGUCUUUUCUCCUGUGUUAUCUAUAGCAGUUACUAUUUUUCUUCAAUGGUGUUGUAAUGAUUUUCAUAUUUAUCCACAACCUAUAUGUAAUAAUUGGAAUUGUUCCA